AACCCUGAAGGAGACAAUUAUUGUUUUUUUUCAUGGAAAAAGUGUCUGCUGUCCGUGGUUCCCAACCUCGUUCCUAGAGCCCUCACAACACUGCAUAUUUUUUCUCCCUAAUCAAACACACCUGACUCAUCAUCUCAUUAGUAGAGACUCUAAAACCUGAAAUCGGUGUUUCACACAAAGGACACAUUCAAAAUGUGCAGAGUUGGGGGGCUCCAGGAACAGAAUUGGGAACCACUGAUCCAUUUUACCUGAUUGUUGUCUAAGGCAAAGAUGUCCAAUCCUGCUCCUGGAGAGACAACAUCCUGGAGAGUUUAUUCCAACCUGCCCCAACACACUUGUCUGAAAGUUUCUAGUCAUCCUGAAGACCUUGAUUAGCUGGUUAAGAUGGGCCGUUCGCUGGAGGACCAUACCAGGGACUUUCUAGAUCUGGCAUGCCUUACCCACUUCCCCGACUGCUCGCUCUGUGUCUUUUACAUCUCCAGCUUGAGCGAGCGGUGUAAGGCACGCCUGCCAGCGAACGGUCCCAAAGAGGAUUUCGCCGCUUGUGUGGAGUGGGUGCUGGAGAAUAAUGGACUGUUUUUCUCCAUCUGCCUCUCAGAGGAGGAUAUCUCCAGUCCCACUCCCGAACCAGAGACCAGCCAGCCAUCACCCCGCUACACGGAGCCUGAGCCUCAAAUAUCGUCUGACCAAGUGCGUGAGCCGGCAACAUCGUCCGUUCUCAACGGAGUUUUGGUGGUAUACGAGAGCUUGGAGGGAAGCCCUGCCCACACUCCCACGACUGAGGGUGAGCUGCAUCUGGUUUCUAGGAGCUAUCAAGAGGAACACAUGGACAUCUUCCUGAUGGACCUUAUAGACUGGUUUGGAGAAGUACUAACCUGUGCUCCUGAAUCUCCUGCGUCUCCGCUGGUUCUGUCCAGCCCUGAAUCUCCUGGAUCUCCGCUGGUUCCGUCCAGCCCUGAAUCUCCUGCGUCUCCGCUGGUUCCGUCCAGCUCAUGUGCCGCCAUGUGCCACCUCCAGCAGCUCAGUCUCCGUCAGUCGGUCCCCUGGUGUCGUCGGCCCCUUCUCCACCAUGGCUCCUCCCACCAUCAACUCCACCGUGGGCUGCCAUCCUGGCUGGCCUCUGGAUUGCCACCUGACUCCUCCCGCUCCGGGCUCCUCCCGCCCUCCACUCCCCCAUGGACUUAUGUAUUGUACUCCUUUUGCUUUUGUCCCUUUCCCAUUGCCUGCCCUUCUCCAACUCCUCGCCCACCUCCAGAACCCCCACCAUCCCUCCUCUUUUGGACCGCCUUUGUCUGUCGGGGACGCACUGUUCUGGGAAGGGGGUGACAUGUUACAUUGACCUAGUUUCCUUAGUUCCCUUGAUUAGUUAAUUAGCUUUGUCUGCUAUUAUUUGAUCUGUGUGUUUGCUACCCCUUGCCUCCUGGAUUAUUUCUGUUUCUUGUGUGGAUUAAUAUUAAAAUACUCU